ACAUUUCCGCUUCCGGUCGGUGCCUGAUCCUGAUCAUUCGUGAAGAUGUUGGGCGAUUGUGUUCUUAUUGUGUUCAUUUCAAUAUGUACAGCUUUACUUGGAGAAGGUUUAACAUGGUUACUAGUUUACAGGACUGAGAAAUACAAGAAAUUGAAAGCCGAAGUAGAAAAGCAAAGCAAAAAGUUGGAAAAGCAGCGAGAGGCCGGCGGAGAAGCAGCUGAUCGUGGUCAGAAGAAGAAAUUAGAACGCCAGGAAGAGAAGUUGAAAAACAACAGCCGGGAUUUGUCGUUUGUGAAAAUGAAAUCCAUGUUUGCGAUUGGUUUUGCAUUUACUGCCCUUCUCAGUAUGUUCAAUUCAAUAUUUGAUGGUCGGGUUGUAGCCAAGCUGCCGUUUAUGCCCAUCUCACUGAUGCAAGGGAUCUCACAUCGGAACUUGCCAGGAGAAGAUUAUUUUGACUGUUCCUUCAUCUUCCUGUACAUCCUCUGUACCAUGUCCAUCAGACAGAACAUUCAGAAAAUGCUUGGUCUUGCUCCGUCCCGGGCCGCCAGCAAACAGGGCACCGGCUUCUUCACCCCACCAAGCCAGCUCACAAAAUAAUGUCCACGCCAAAUAUACUACACCAUUGAGCAUAGUGUCUUCACUACCGGGAUGCAAGUUAUCAUGAUGAAUAAAGGCUGAGUAAUGAUGACCGGCCACAGAGAAUAGGAGGGAAGAAGAGUUGCUGUUGAGAGCUUUGUCCCAUUAUUUCAUCUGAUCAUAUAAUAAAAUAAUUGAUAUAAUAAAAUGCUCAUUGGACAUCUAAAAGUAAUAUGGUUAAGUCUUUUAUUUUUUCACUUUUUUUGUUUUUAUUCAUACAACCUUCAAUGAAAUAUUGUAUUAUAUGUAGAUUGUACUGUAUGGUAUCCUACAAUGGGACAGUAAAUAGACAGAACGCCUACCUCAAUUGUUGAGAUAGUACCUAUCUUAUCCCUUCAGGCGUGGGGUAUUCCUUGUAUCAUAUUUUCAUAAUUCUAUCACUUCAAUGUUGUGUCCAUGUCUAUGAAAUAAUUGUUUACGGAUAUACCUAUUCAGAAAUAAACAUUUUAUAUAUAA